AUGUCUGCAAACGGUGAAGAAGCAGGUGAAACACAGUCUUCAAUUGGAGUGGCUGGACAGAAUGGAAUUAAUGAAGCAGCUCUUAAAGUAGUUAAUGCAGAGAAGGAAGCUUCAGAAAAUCCAUUGAAGAAGUCAAAGGUGGAUCUGCAGUCACUCCCAACUCGACAGUAUCUUGACCAAACUGUUGUUCCUAUUUUACUAGAGGGAUUAGCUAAGCUUGCUAAAGAGAGACCUCCUGAUCCAAUCAGCUAUCUUGCAGCAUAUUUGCUGAAGAAUAAAGGUCAAUAUGAUUCCUCAUCUGCUGCUUCUUCUUCAUCACCUUCUUCUAAAAGACCAAAAAUGAGCGCACAAUAA